UACUUUCAAUCAACCCAACUAUGCUCGUUGGUUGGUUAAGUAUCACGAUAAUUUACUAAAAAUUGAGACCAUCAAUCCAAAAAUCAUGGAAGAAAUGGAGAAAGGGUAUUUUGGCAUCCAAAGAACUGAAAAAUCGUUCUCUCGGCAACCAAUAGAUCUGACACUUGAGCAAACUAUCAAUGCCGAUGCUGCAAAAAGAUUAGUUGGAAUCAUAAAUUUCACUAACUCUAUUUCAGCUCGGCAAAGAUGGUGCUUAAGUCAUCAAAUAAGAUCUUCGAUUACAGCAUAUACAUAUGAGGCAACAGGCUUACGGAAAGUCCAAGACGUCACUGCAGAUUUACGAAAGCACCAGUUAAAAAAAGAUACUGAGCAGCUACAGAAAUUUACCAGUAGUUUCUCAAAGUUUAUGAACCCGUUCGAUGACAGCAAUGACAACAAUAAAUUGUUCAACAUAUCCAAUGGAAAAGCGGCUUCAAAUGAAGUGGCGCAGUUCUUAUUGAAUGUUGAUAAUAUAGGUAAUAAAAUGCGUGAGACAUUUAUUUGCGAAUGUUCCGAGUCAACUGAAAGGUUUGAGGCACCAAUCAAAAGGACAAAAAUUCUUAACUUUUCAUCAGAAGUGGCUAAAAGUAAGAUAAAAAGUAGUGGUAAAGUUCAUGAGGUCAGUAUGCAACGAGAUUUAUUUGGACGAAUGUUGGGCUUGUCCAUGGAUCACGCUGUAGAUUUAGAAAAGGUGUUACGUUAUCCAAUUACGCCAAUUCCGAUGUCUUUAUGUCAUUUUAAUGGUACAAUUUGUAAAACUCAAAAAUCAGCAAUUGUUGAAGUCUUCGAGAAACAACAUAAUCCGGGAAAUAUUCCGAUGAAUUUCGAUGUGGUUAUCGUUGAUGGUUUUUACCUUCUACAUACUAUGCAUGAUGUACCAUCAACUUUUGGCAACAUUUCGAAGAAAAUAAUAAAAAGUUUGACAGCCACGAAAGCUCCUCGAGUCGACAUAAUCUUCGACCAAUAUUUCUCCCCCUCUAUUAAAGAUUAUGAACGAAAAUUGCGAAAUGAAGAAAAUCUCAUGGACUUUAAUAUCAACGGAUCUAUGCAAGUUCGACCAACGGAUUUUAAUAAAGAGCUGAAAAACAUAAAAUUUAAACAGGCUUUUGUUACUUUUUUAGUAGAAAAUUGGUGUGACUCUGAAAUGGUGCCUUUCCUUGGUGAUACAAUAAUUAAUUUAAAUUACGAUUUUUGCUAUUCGUACAAAGUCGAGGAUAAUGCUGUGGUCCAGACAGUUAACGAUGAUUUAUCAUGUGGAUGCCAUGAAGAAGCGGAUAGUAAAAUAAUUUAUCAUGUUUGUCAAUUGGAAUCGGAUUCUUCUGCUAAUGUACUUAUCAAAUCAUGUGAUACAGAUGUAUUAAUUAUUAUGUUAGGAAAUAUGGACCAUUUAAAAAGUGAUAACAUAAAUAUUUAUAUGGAAUAUGGAGCUGCAAACAAGAAACGAGUCAUUAAUAUUACUCAAUUAUAUAUUGAAUUAGGGACAACUCUUUGUACAAGUCUGCCAGGAUUUCACGCUGUGACAGGAUGCGACUAUAAUCCUGCAUUCUUUAAAAAGGGUAAAAAAAGACCAUUUCAAAUUAUUAAAAACAAUGGGUGUUAUCAAAAGGCACUGACGGACCUUGCAAAUGACGAUGUACCUGGACUCCAAUAUGAAACAUUUACAAUACUUGAAAAAUUUGUCUGUGAGCUUUAUGGUUAUAAAAACUGUACGGAUGUUAAUAAUGCUCGGUUUCAAAAGUUUUGCUCUACUUAUAAAUCGAAAAAUACGAAUGAACCAUUCCAAAAAUCUAUUCAAAGAUAUGAUGCCUCAAAUUUACCGCCGUGUAAGUCAGAAUUACACCAGCAUCUUUUGCGUACGCAAUACAUCACCAGUGUUUGGCGCAAUGCUCACUUGGUUAAACCAACUAAUUUGGUACCAGCUGGUAAUGGAUGGAUAUUAAAAAAUGAAACGUAUGAAUUUAAGUGGUUCGAAGGUGAUUGCGUACCUGAAACCGUAUUAGAUGCUAUCAAAAUUUCGGAAAAUAACACUUCCAACAGAACUGAUGAUGAAUUGAUUUCUCGUCAAAGUGAAGACUUGUUUGAAAGUGACGAAUCAACCGAUGCUGAAGAGUCAGAUUUCAGUGACAGUUAAAGCGAAAACUAACAAAAUAUAUGUAUUUAUUUAUAUAUUUAUUAUAGAUAUUUUUUUUUCUUUAAUUUUGUCAGAAUUUUUUUCAUUGUAACUACCUAAUAAAAAAUCUCCAUUAGCUGUAAUUAUUGUUGUACAUUUGAGUAAACUUCACUUUUAUCUACUUCUUGAAAUAUUCAUCUAAUAAAAUAUAUAAUUUAUAAAAAAUUAUAUUAUAGUCAUAUUAUGUGUAAUAACAUGCUUAUGCAUUAUAUUACAUGUUAGUUCUAACAACUGUACAAGAUCACGUGAUCCGCAAUGGGAGCGCGAAGAAUGACUAAAGACAUAUCGGCGACCGUCGCUCUCUGUCGCACUCUUUACAACCCGUGGCACAUUUGUCUGCUUUCCUCGCAAGAUUUAUUUAAAUAUUUUUUUGACUAUUAACCCCCGGAGAAACUUUCUGCCCUUUUGUGACAAUUUUUUACUAUAUGUACAUAAUAAACACGCUGUAAAAAUGGCAGACUGAAUCAAACACUUUUUUGGAAUUUUUGAAAAUACAACUUUGGGGUAGUCUGCCCCUAUGUAAACCCCUUCAGAAGUGUCUGCCAUUUUUUUUCUUAAUUCUCUAUCAAGUUAGCUGCCGGAUAGUCAUUAUUAUUAUUUGAAUCAAACACUUUUUUUGGAAUUUAUGAAAAUACAACUUUGGGGUAGUCUGCCCCUAUGUAAACCCCUUCAGAAGUGUCUGCCAUUUUUUUUCUUAAUUCUCUAUCAAGUUAGCUGCCGGAUAGUCAUUAUUAUUAUUUGAAUCAAACACUUUUUUUGGAAUUUUUGAAAAUACAACUUUGGGGUAGUCUGCCCCUAUGUAAACCCCUUCAGAAGUGUCUGCCAUUUUUUUUCUUAAUUCUCUAUCAACUAAGCUGACGGAUAGUCAUUAUUAUUAUUUGAAUCAAACACUUUUUUUGGAAUUUUUGAAAAUACAACUUUGGGGUAGUCUGCCCCUAUGUAAACCCCUUCAGAAGUGUCUGCCAUUUUUUUUUCUUAAUUCUCUAUCAACUUAGCUGACGGAUAGUCAUUAUUAUUAUUUGAAUCAAACACUUUUUUUUGGGCAAUUUUUUUUGCGACUUACCUGUAUGCGCAGUACCAGGUGUACCCCGGUAGGCCAGGCAGACAGUCAUAUACCUGCUUAUUGAGUCGACUGAUACCUUUAAACAAAGUUUCAUGAUGCAUCAAACACUUCAUGAAAAAUGCGUCAUGAGCUCUCGGACCAUUAAAUGGACAUGUUUUUUAAAAUACUUUUGUCGCAUGUCAUAGUAGUUUUUUUGAAGUACGUAAUAUGUUAUGACACAUAAAGUGUAAAGAAAAGGAAAGAAAAUAUUAAGACCCAUAAUUUUUUAUUGUGAAUACUUUUUGUACUUUUUAUGAUUGUAUUCGCUUGAUUUAAGCUUCAAGAAAAUAAACUUAAAAACAGCAUA